AUGGAAGGACAUAAAAUAAAAACCAAAUCAAAAUUUAAAGUACGUCAUCAAAAACAUAAAUUAUUUCGUGCAAAUGAUCCAUUACUUUCUGUACUUAUGUGGGGUGUCAAUUUCACUAUUCAUGAAUUAGAAAAUGUUAAUAUACCAGUUAUGCUUUUACCAGAACAUUUCAAAGCUUGUGUUAAAAUUCGUAUUGAUAAUCAAAAUUUUAACAAAGAAGUAAUGCCAAGUCAUUUCAAAGUAAAAGAAUAUUGCCCACUUGUAUUUCGAGCUUUUCGUGAACAUUGGAAAGUACAUGAUAGUAGUUUUCGAGAUUCACUUACUGAACCACCAAUACCAUUAAGUGAAACAUCAAAAUCUAAUAUAACCUAUUAUCAAUCAAUGGAUCGUCGUUUUAUACUUAAAUGCAUUUCAAAAGAAGAUGUCGAACAAAUUCAUAAUAUUUUACCAGAAUAUCAUAGAUAUAUUGUUGAAAGUCAAGGUGAUACAUUACUUCCUCAUUAUUAUGCCAUGUACAGAUUAACAGUUGAUGAUAAAGAAAAUUAUAUAUUAGUUAUGCGUAAUAUAUUUUCAAGUAAAUUAAAAAUUCAUCAUAAAUAUGAUGUUAAAGGUUCAACUGUUGAUCGAAGUGCAACCGAUAAAGAAAAAUUAAAUCCAUGUCCAACAUUAAAAGAUAAUGAUUUUUUAGAAAACAAAGGAGUUAUUGAUUUAGGUUUUGAACAAAAACAAAUUUUUAUGGAAAGACUUAAACGUGAUGUUAAUUUUCUUGUGAAUCAACAUAAAAUGGGUUAUUCAUUAUUGAUUGGUAUUCAUGAUCUUGAUCAAGGUGGUUUAGAACGUGAAAAACGAGCAUCAGUUGUAGAUAUGAAUACAUCUGAUUUAUCUGGUAAUGAUUCAUCCGAUGGAUCAGAAAGUCCAACACAAAUAGGUGAUGAUACUUCAUUUGAUGAACCAUUUCGAAUGCGAAGUUCAGAAGCAUCAACACGACGAGAGUUAUAUAAUCUUGGCAUAAUAGAUAUUUUAACAAAUUAUGGUAUGAAAAAAAAGAGUGCACAUGUAGCAAAAACAAAAUUAUCUGGUUCUGAUGCUGAUGGUAUAUCAACUGUUCGACCAGAAAUAUAUGCUCGACGUUUUCUAGAAUUUAUUGAUAAACAUUUCAUCUAA